CACCGCCAACGGCCGGUGACGGCCUGAAGCGCCGCCUCAGCACUUCUGCGGCCGUGAGGCGGGCGGCACCUUCUGUUGUGCUCCGGCUUCCCCGCAGCGGCCAUGGGCCGCGCCGCCGUGCUGCUGCUGCUGCUGAUGGCGGCGGGGGGGCGGCGCGGGCGGCCCCGAGGUGCACAGCCUGCGGGGUAGCUGGCGGCUGGGCAACGGGAACGGCUCACUGUCGCUCCGAGGGGAGGUGCCGGGUUGCGUGCAUACUGCCCUGCACCGCCGGGGCCUCAUUCAGGAUCCAUACAAUAGAUUUAAUGAUGUGAUGUACAGGUGGAUCUCACUGGAUAACUGGACUUACAGCAGGACAUUCAAAACUCUUUUUGAUGUCAGAAAGUGGCAGAAAGUGAAUUUGGUUUUUGAGGGAAUCGAUACAGUAGCACACAUCCUGCUCAACAAUGUCACUCUUGGGAGAACAAACAACAUGUUCAACAGAUACAGCUUUGAUAUUACCAGCAUGAUCAAGGAGGUCAAUUUUAUUCAAGUCCAUUUCAUAUCAGCCAUUUCAUAUGCUGCAGAGCAGAGCAGAUGUCACAAAGCAUACAGCGUCCCCCCAGCGUGCCCUCCACCUGUGCAGAAAGGCGAGUGCCAUGCUAAUUUCAUCAGAAAGGAGCAGUGUUCAUUUAGUUGGGACUGGGGACCUUCUUUUCCCACUCAAGGAAUCUGGAAAGAUGUGAGGAUUGAGGCCUAUAACCAUUAUAAUUUGAUUUACUUUUCUUUAACUCCUUUCUUUGUGAGUAGAGCUCAGCAGUGGAGUCUCGAAAUUGAGUCCAUCUUUAACGUAGCCAGCUCCAAGCCAAUUGCAGGUCUUGCAACUGUGAACAUUCCCAAACUGCAAACACAGCAAACAUACAGUGUGAAGCUGCAACCUGGUGAAGGCAGUAUUGUGCUGCUUGUAAACAUCAGCAAGAACUCUACAGUAGAAGCUUGGUGGCCAAAUGGACAUGGAAAACAAAUUGGAUACAAUAUGACAACAACUUUCAUCAUGGAAGGAGGAUACCAAAUUGAGAAAAUUUCAAAGGCCUAUUUUCGGACAGUAGAACUUGUUCAGGAGCCUAUUCCUGGGUCUCCAGGUCUGAGUUUCUACUUCAAAAUCAAUGGCCAACCCAUUUUCAUGAAGGGCUCAAACUGGAUUCCAGCAGAUUCUUUCCAGGAUAGAGUGACUUAUGACACAUUAUGGCUACUCUUGAAGUCUGCAGCAGAUGCUAACAUGAAUGCACUUAGGAUUUGGGGAGGAGGAAUAUAUGAACAAGAUGAUUUCUACAAUAUUUGCGAUGAACUGGGAAUAAUGAUUUGGCAGGAUUUUAUGUUCGCAUGUGCACUGUAUCCAACAGACCAGGAUUACUUGGAAUCAGUAAGAGCAGAAGUUUCUCAUCAGGUAAGGCGGUUAAAAUCCCAUCCAUCAGUUGUUCUGUGGAGUGGUAACAAUGAAAAUGAAGCAGCAAUUGCAAGUAACUGGUUCUCCAUACCACACGCUGACAGAGAAGUCUAUAUCAAAGAUUACGUGAUGCUUUAUGUGAAGAACAUCAGAGAAAUAGUUCUUGCUGAAGAUAAAAGUCGUCCUUUUGUUGUAUCCAGUCCUACCAAUGGUUUGGAGUCAAUUAAAGAGGGCUGGCUCUCUAAAAAUCCUUAUGACACGCAUUAUGGUGACACUCACUUUUAUGACUACAGUAGUGACUGCUGGAACUGGUCAGUGUAUCCUAGAACUCGUUUUGCUUCAGAAUAUGGAUAUCAAUCCUGGCCAUCUUUCAGUACGCUGCAAAAGGUUUCCUCUGCUGAGGACUGGUCAUACACGAGCAAUUUCUCUCUCCAUCGACAACACCAUGAAAAUGGCAAUGACCAAAUGCUUCAACAGAUUGGAUAUCAUUUCAAGCUUCCCCUGACCACAGAUCCCAUUAAAAAGUUUAAAGAUAUGAUUUACCUCACUCAGGUGAUGCAGGCUCAGUGCGUUAAGACAGAAACUGAAUUCUAUCGUUCUAGUCGAAGUGAAAUAGUCAAGGGAGAAGGACACACAAUGGGUGCUCUGUAUUGGCAACUCAAUGACAUCUGGCAGGCACCUUCCUGGUCUUCCUUGGAGUAUGGUGGAAAGUGGAAACUGCUCCACUAUUUUGCCCAAAACUUCUUUUCCCCACUGCUGCCUGUGGCCUAUGAAGAUAAUGGUGUGUUGUCCAUCUAUGGUAUCUCAGAUUUUCACACAGACCACAAGCUGACUUUGAAGGUCAUUGUGAACUCCUGGAAUUCUCUGGAGCCAGUAUGCACUCUUGCCAAAGAUGGUGUGACUGUUAAAGCACAAAGUGCUUUUUCCAUCUACAAGGAGUCCAUAAAUGCCUUGCUGGAAAGAUGCAGAAAUUGUACCAGGAAAAGCUGUGUUGUUUCUUUUUACCUUACGGGAGAAGAUGGACUCCAGAGUCCAAUGAAUCAUCACUUCCUUUCAUCCCUGAAGGAUGCUGUAGGAUUGGAAAAGACGCAACUUAGUGCCACUGUAUCGCAACAAGAUGAUGUUUAUAUAUUUGAUCUUCAGACUACUGCAAUUGCUCCUUUUGUUACUCUGGAUGUAGGGAGUAUAAAGGGCAGGUUUAGUGACAAUGGUUUCCUCAUGAUGGAAAAGAAGAAAGUGGUCAUUUUUUAUCCCUGGGAGCCUACCAGCGUUGAAGAACUAGAAAAGUCCUUCACCUUGACAUCUUUGAUGGACGUUGCCUGAUCAUUUUGUUCUAGAAGACAAGACAGGGAGAGGAAAAACUGGGAAGAAUUUGACUGUAGUUGAGGUGACCUAUGAGAUGAGAUGACUGAAUGUUUUGUUCUGUCAUGUGAAUUUUAACUGCUGGUUCAAUAUAAAGAUAGCAACAACACAGCUUGCUUAUAAUAUAUGUGGUGCAUUGAAAGUAAGGCUUUCUCAGGUAAUUACAUCCCACACAAAAUGGGAGAGGUUAGUUGGUGUAAGACUCUUCCAAUUCACGUAAAAGAAAUUACUGGGUUGUAAUUCUCUCCUAAGUCAAAGACAACACAGAUAUGUACCUCUAGAUUGUGUUUGUAAAAAUAUAUUUUUUUUCCACUUUCACAAUGCUAUAAGUGAAAAAUCAUCCUAGGACUACCAGAAGGUAAGGAGGAAGGUCAGGGAAUGAAGCUGAGAUCACCUCCACGGAAGAGUUGAACAGUGCAUUUUUUUCACCCAGCUUCCUCCUAGAGUGGUUUGUUUCAUCUACAGUAGUCCUUGCCCCAUUAAUCUGGUUGCUUGUGCAAGGCCUUAUAUGUGAGGCCAGGCUGAGGAAGGAAGCUGGGAGAAAGAAAAAAAGGGGGAGGAGGGGGAGCACACCACCACACAGUGCUGCUGGCUGCUGCUCUCUCUAUAUCACUGCCUCAUUUAAGUCCCUCUGCAUGCUCCUCAUGGCAGUGGCAACAGGGAGCAUGUAGACGUGGUGCAUGGGACAUGGUUUAGUAGGCAUAGUGGUCAUGGGUUGAUGGUUGGAUCUUAGAAAUCUUUUCCAACCUUAAUUAUUGUAUGGUUCCCAGACAGCUGCAGUCACAAACUUUGUUUGCUCAUGUGGAUUCCUGCUUAGUGUGGCAUGGUAUGAGAUAUGCCUGGCCGUGGGAAAAGAAUGAGAGAAAAGCUGGCAAAGGUGCAAAGAGAAAGGAAGCAACAGAGAAAAUAAAUGGUUAUUAAGAGGACCACAGAGUUAGAACUUUCUCCUUUUUCUCUACUAAAUGCACAGUGCAGGGACUGAUGUUCUCCCUUGUGCAUUGUUGCUGCCUCCUGGCACUCCUUGUGAGUGGCCUGUGCCCCGCUCUGGGCCUCCUCUCCUUUCAUAGGAGUUGGCUUGCUUGUUUAUCAAGCAAAUUGUCAUAAUUCUGCUUUGGUGUGUUUGUUCUUAACCUCUUGUGUGUAUGUUAUCUCCAAAAUGUUACAUGGACAUCAUCAAAGGAAAACCUGAACAUCUUCUUUUUGUUUCUUUGUGUAUACCUUUCCUGUUGAAAACACUGCUUACUCAUGAUUGGAUCUGGAGGUCCAUUAUGUUUGUUAGUCCAUACAGAGUAACUGUGCAUCACCUUUUAUUCUGUUUCUGAAUAAGUUGUUCUUAAAAUGUUUUGGCUUCCCGUGGAAAUGUCUCACUUAGGCAUUUAAAAAUAAGAAAAUAAAUAUGCUUCAGUGCAGGGGCUACAGCAGUCUGUGGCGAUGAUAGCAGAGGGUUUGGUCAUCUGGAAGUCCAGGUCACCAAGCUGUGCCUCAGGCAGGUUGCUAAACAUCAAUUUCUUCUUUCAGAUGUGAUUUGAAAUGCAGCUGAGAUCUUGCUGGGGUUCCAUGGGGAACCUGUUGCAGUGCAACUACAGUAUGCAUUUUCCUGCAUUUUUCUACUUCGCAGUCGAAAGUGUCUGAACAAGCUGUGCUGGUGACAUCCACUCUGAAAUGAAAGCACCAUGUAGAUGAUAUUUGCAGGGGGUGCUGGAGUAUGGAGUACACGCAGGGAAAAUGAUUGUGUGUCAUGUUGGUCAGUUAGAAAAACUGAAGUAAAGGGUUGCUUUGUUGUAGUGGCUGCAGCUGUAAUGGGUAAUAAAUAAACAUCUUGAUAGGUGCUUGGUGAUCUGCAGCUGUUUUUGGAAUGGGUCAUUAACCAAAAUGAAAAUAGUCCUGAGAAAGAGGAAAAACUUGAAUGUGGAAGUGAAAUGAUUAAUGAAAUUUCCUUACAAAUGCUUUACUAGGUCAUCAAAACAGCUAACUGAGCAUUGGAGGUCUUUUCUGAUUCAAGAGUUCUUAAAAAAAGAUGUGAAAUAAUUAAAAUAUGUUUGUGCACCAAUAUUUACAGAUUAUGCUAAAUAAAUAGGGAAAGUGAUUGCCAUGAAUAAAACUUUACAGAAAA